GUCUAUCUUUCAUCUUCUUUCCCUAUCGGAUUAAUCAAUCCUUGGCACUCUUUAUCUCCCAAGUCCAGUGCUUCAAGGAGUUCAGCUUCGUGCACGCCAAGCACAUCCCAACCCAUGAACCACAGCUCCCCAAUCUCAGCCCCAGAUUGCACUUAUGUCAAACCACCCUCAAGACACGAGCUUUAUAUAAAUUUUCUCCCUUGUUUCCCCGGAAAUCCUGGGCUUCAUCCAAAGACAAUUCCGAGCUUUGCCCCGUCAUCUAUGAUGCCAUCAAGUCCCGCCAGUGAGACAACGACCCCACAAACGACCUUCUCUUUAUUCUCCUCCUUGGCACCUGAGCUGCGCCUGAAGAUCUGGCAGUAUGCAGCCUGCACGCCGCGCCUAGUCCCGAUCAUCCACGACCUCGAGCGCGACAUCUGUCUCACGUCUUCGCGACCGCCCGCCAUCUUGCAAGUAUGCCACGAGGCGCGCGAUGAGGCCUUGAGGGCGUACACGCUGUCCUUCGGGACGCGGAGUGCGCCCGCGCGCAUCUAUUUCAAUCCCUGCUCUGACACGCUGUACCUCCCGAGACAUAGGAUAAUGGGGUAUGAUGAUACGUUGCGGGACUUCCGCUCCUUUAUCAUCGAGGGAGAGAGGGCGUGCAUGGAUGAGGUAACCAGCGUUGCUAUCGAUCAUGUGGAUGUGGAAGCCAAGAGGCCGUGGGAAGCAUAUAACAAAGCGGCAUUCCUGCGCAGCUUCCCAAAACUGAAGGAGGUGAUAUUGGUCCUCCGUGAAGGGAGGAGGCAAGCGGCGCUAGAAGCAGACCUGGAGCUGGUGGAGCCGCGACGGCCCCCCGAGCAACUGAUGGAUAUCUGGGAUGAGUUUUGGCAGGGCUUCAAUAUGGAGGAGAAGCUGCUGGAGGAUGCGUGUAGGGCGAUGGGGAAGAAGUAUACCAAGUGGAAGGUGCCGACUUUCCAGAUCAAGGCGCGGCCUUCGAAGGCGCUGAUAGUGGACAAUGGACCUAGGACGCACAAUAUAUAACGCAUCAUCUAGGGAUACGCAUAUCCCUCCUCCCUCACGACGACACCCCCUUGUGUAGGUACUAUGAGACCGAUGCACGAAAUAGCUGUGCAGUGCACAUACCUUACGUAACCGCC